GGGCGGGGUCGGCAAUGAUAUUUCCUGCACGCCUCCUUACCCCGGGGGGGGGGGGCAGGUCCUCGAUGGAGGGCAGGUGGCAGCCGAUGACCCUCUCCGCAGACCGGACAAUGCGUUGCAGUUUGCCCUUGGAGGGAGGAGUGGUUUAGUUGUGAAUGACGCAGCAAUAACGUUCCAAUCAAUUACAGAUGUUGACGUCAGACAACAUCAGAUGUUGUAAGGCGCUUUGUGAUUAAAUUGGUGUUCUGGAGAGUGUGUUAAUGUUUUUCUGAUGAUUUCAUUUGUAAUAUCAUAGUGAUUGAGGACUAACACCUGGUUCAGUGCAGGAUUUAGAACUAUGACCCUGUAGUUAUUAUACUACCACAUGUGCCAAUAGGGUCCAGACCUCCUGGCAUAGUAUGCUAAACAGAUACAUAUCCUUAGCCAAGGGUCCAAGGCUAUGUUCCACAUAUUCUCGUUUUCUUUCUAAAAAUGUUCUACUCCGCUAGCCAGCACUUCGCCUAACCAGGCUUGCGUUUCUUCCAKCUCCAGAUUGACCACUUAUUCAUGGUCCAAUAGAGUAGGAAGGUUUGAUUGGUGAAUAUUAAUACUCCAUUGGUCCAUGAACAAGUGGGACACAGUUGCCUUGUCACAAUGUCCUUUAUUGAUUAACUAGGUAAUGAAAGCUACGACAACAGGAUGUCAUUUUCUGCAUUCUAAAGAAUAUAUUAGACAGACGAAAACUGCAAAGGCUCCUGGAAUCACCAUAGAUUCCUUCAUUCCAACACCUUGGGCAUACAUUGUCUCUAUUGAUCUGAACCCUGCCUGUAUACAGUGGCGGAAUGAGGCUAUAUAUUGAUUCGCAGUAGAACUCCUCAGUGCAGUGCUGUAGUAGAUGAAACACAACACCUUGUGAAUUAUGAGGAGCUGGGCUAAGAGGCAGGAAAGGCUUUGUUUUGAGGACAAAAACAACGAGUCUGAUGGUAUUUCCUGUUCAGAGAAUGCAUUUAGAGAACACACAUGGGCUUUGUCAACGUGGAGAAUAAGAUCAGAAGAUGACAUACGAUGUAUCAUCCCAGGUAUCAUCUUCUGCACGUCACAGUACCGUGUAAGCCUGCGGGGCUAAAACCUAGACAUUAGCUCAGGUAGCUAACACAAGUAUUUAGGUCUCAAGCAAGGUUGCGAUUCACCGAAUCAUUUCCAUUACAUAACCACAGCAGCAGUAGCCUUUGGCUAGCCCUGUGCUUUAGCCUGAGGAGUGGGUGCCAGAGACAGGGCAGAGAGUGCAAAGAUGUUUACAGCCAACCUGCCAUUUUCUUGUGACCUUAUUGAAUGCAGAAGUAGUCAUGUUGGUACCCAGCUACCUGGGCAUCUCUUGAAAGCUUUUUAAAUUAACAUAUGGUCAUUUUUCAGUUUGCCAAUAGAUCAUACACAUUUUAAGGCUAUUUCAUCACGUGUUCAAUAGCCUAUACAUUUUUGGUUAUUUGUGUGCUUGCUCGUUUGCAGAGGUGCCUGCAGCAGAUCAAUUCUUAAAUUGUGUUUGUAUGUCACUGCAUCAAAUCAUUGAGUUUAAUGAUUGCUCAUAAAUGUGUUAAGCUCACAAUCAUUGUGAUGAUAAAUGAAUAACAGCAUGGUGAUUAAUACAGUAUUUCCAUAUAGCCUACUAUAGGGACAAUGCAUUGUCAGAUGUGAAGCUGAGUUCAUACAGCCUACUAAUUUAAAUAAUCAGUAUACAGGUGCAAGAUUGUACUGGGAGGCAUUGCAACUGUCUGUCUGUUUGUGGAUGAAUGCACAAAUGGCCCUAGUGCUGGGGGGCGCCCUCGAUUACCAUUCCAAGCACAGCAGUGCACCUCUGGUCACCCGCGAAAUUGAGCUGGCUCGCUGGCGGGGAAAGGUUGAUAGUAUAGUCCACGACUUGUGUGACGCRCGGACCGGAGGACAGAGGGGAUCUAGCGGGGUGUCAGUCUGACUAGGUUGCUUUGAGCCCGCAUGUCACCGGCGGACCUGCUGAGAAAAAGCGAUGCGAACAUCUGACUUCUACGCGUUCCGAAUGCAGCACCAGCAGUCAGUAGACAGCGCCGUAUCGCUACAAAGGCGUUUUCUCUGCUAUUAAACGGUUCAUGCCGUCCGAGUGCGCAGAGGCAAUCCUCUGUGGUGUGGCUGGAAAGCUGUAGACUCAAAGCGAUAGCGGGACCUCAUCCUCCUGCAGUUUUCUUUUAGAUAGCCAACAUCAAGUGUGCAUUUCCCACGUAGAUACACCGGGGGAAGUAAGUAAGGCGUUGGAAUGUUGCUUUCUAUGGUCAUGGAUUUCUUGAAGGGCAUCGCUGGUUUCGAAGGCCAUUCUCACAGACUAUAUUAGGAUCCAGCGCACAUUUUUGGGACACCUGAGUCUGCUCAAGGAACCACCAUUUACAUUACACAGAAUUCUGUCAAAAUGUUUUGGCGCUCAUAACAGCAUUUGCGGAAGAAUUUACGCGGUAGGCCUACUACCCCAGAUUGAACAGGGCUGAUGCUCCGUCUUCAAGGUGUGUUAGCCUGACUGGAAAGCCUGAUGGAGACCCUACUAGUUUACCUGAUGGUCCUUGGCAUGGCUGUAAAGGCCCACAAGGUCCAGCUGUGCCCAAAACGCUGUGUCUGCCAGAUGCUCAACCCCAACCUGGCAACCCUCUGCGACAAGAAGGGCCUCCUCUUCGUCCCCCCAAACAUCGACCGGCACACCGUCGAGAUGCGUCUGGGCGAUAACUUCGUCACGAGCAUCAAACAGCGGGACUUUGCCAACAUGACCAAGCUUCAGGACCUGACGUUGUCUCGGAACACCAUCGGUUCCAUCUCGCCUCACGCCUUUAAAGAUCUGGAGAACCUCAGGGCCUUGCACUUGGACAGCAACCGUCUGACGAGGCUCACCAACGACACCUUCAGCGGGAUGUCCAAACUUCACCAUCUCAUUCUUAACAACAACCAACUGAUUCAUAUCCACACUGGGGCCUUCAAUGAUCUCACGGCUCUAGAGGAGUUAGAUCUGUCCUACAACAACUUAGAAAGCACCCCCUGGGUGGCCAUCCAGAGAAUGACCAGCCUCCACACCCUGGGCUUGGACCAUAACAUGCUUAGCUACAUCCCUAUAGGAACCUUCUCCGGCCUGCAGAAGCUCAAACGGCUUGAUGUCACUUCCAACAAGCUCCAGAAGCUUCCGCCAGACCCUGUGUUCCAGCGGGCUGGGGUUCUGGCCACGUCAGGAAGCAUGGGUCCGUCGUCAUUCGCGUUGAGUUUUGGGGGGAACCCACUGAGGUGUAACUGUGAGCUGCUGUGGCUGAGGAGGCUGAGGCGGGAGGAUGAUCUGGAGACAUGUGCGGCUCCGCAGCACCUGGCUGGACGGUACUUCUGGACCGUGUCUGAAGAAGAGUUCCUCUGUGAGCCGCCUCUCAUCACCAGACACUCCCAGGAGCUGCGAGCGCUGGAGGGUCAGAGUGUAGCUCUGCGCUGUAAGGCCAGGGGCGACCCAGACCCCAUCAUCCACUGGAUUGCGCCAGACGGCCGCCUCAUGUCCAAUUCCUCCCGGGCUGUGGUGCACAGUGACGGGACUCUGGACAUCCUCAUCACCACUGUGAAGGACUCAGGCUCCUUCACCUGUGUUGCCUCCAACCCGGCCGGGGAGGCUCAACAAACUGUGGACCUGGUGAUCGUCAAACUCCCACACAUCACCAACGGUACUGUGAAGAAGGAACCGAACCCAGGUUCUUCUGAUAUCGCCACGGUAAUGAAGACGGGUGGGGAAGGCGGAAGCGUGGUGCCACUGGGAAACACGAAGACGAGCCAGGAGAAGAAGGUGGUGAUCACUGAGGCAACGUCUACCUCCGUCUUGGUCAGGUUCAACUUCCAGAGGAGUAUACCGGGCAUCCGAAUGUUCCAGAUCCAAUACAACGGAACCUACGAUGACUCUCUGGUUUACAGAAUGAUCCCUUCAAGCAGUAAGAGUAUCUUGGUGAACAACCUGGCGGCCGGUACACAGUACGACCUGUGUGUGCUGGCCAUCUACGACGACCUGGUGACCUCCCUGACCGCCACGCGAGUGGUGGGGUGUGUCCGCUUCACCACCGAGCCACAGUACCUCCGCUGCCACUUCAUGCAGUCCCAGUUCCUGGGAGGGACCAUCGUGGUCAUCAUCGGAGGGAUCAUCGUGGCGUCCGUCUUAGCUUUCAUCAUCUUCCUCAUCGUGAGGUACCGAGUGUGUAACCAAGGCGAUGAGGAUAAGGCUUUGGAGAUGGGUGAGAUCCCAUCUCUGAGCAGUGAUGGUCAGCUCCAGGGCUGCGGCGUCCCCGAGACCAUGUCCAAAUCUCUGUCCAAGCAGAUCCUCCAGCCAGAGAAACCAGAGAUGGAGGACCAGGAGUCUCUGAGGGUGGCCCUUCCUCCUCGUAAACCGGUCAAGCAGCAGCAACCCCCAGCCCCAACCACCACCACAUCUACCAAGACCUCCAUCCCCGACUGCACUGUCUCUACUUCCGCAGCCAGCCACUCCUGGCACCCUGCCUCCCCGGUCACCCUGAGGCAAAAACGGGCCGAUAUCACUGCCACCGGGGGUCCGAAACCCGGAGAAGCUCGCCGAGCCGAAGGCCAGACAGAUGUGGAGUUAGAGAACACAAACCGUAAUAACUCGUCGGAAGCUAAAAUUGCUGCCGCCUUGGCCGUACCUGUUCUUGCCCGUUCCACAAAAUGGACGCCGGUUGCUAGGCGGCCGCGCCCCCCUGGAGCCUCCUCCCACCAUUACAUGACGGUACCUACAGGGGGUGUGAGGGUGAACCGGCGGCACUCGCUGAACGUGGACUCGUACAAGGAGCGCUGCUAUGUCAGCCUGGUACAGCAGCAGCAGCCAAAGCCUGGCGGGAGUUUGUGCUCCAAACGCAGUCUGUCCAUGAGCGGAGAAUUGCCCACGUUGGAGAGUGCAAUGGCAAACAUACGCAGAGGCAGAGACAAGCUGUCCCGAUCUGAGUGGCUUCUCGAAAGCACUCUAUGAUCUGGAUUUCACUGGCUUAUAGGUUCUUUGUUUUACUGGAUUGGAUUUGUGGCCCGUCGUGGAGCAUACAGUAACUUUAUGCCUUGUCUUUUAUCUACAAGACCCAUAGAUUCCUCUUGUAUUUCUGAAGACAAGGCAGCAAAACAGGGUUUUAAAAAUGUUUCACAUUUUGUUUUUCUACCUAAAAAGCAAAUAUCCUCUCAAAGUCAUCUGUAUAGCGACUUCGGAUAUAACUUUGACGAAAGGCACAAAAAACUGUAUAAAGCAACUUCAUGUACAAAAAUGUUGAGUUGUGUAACAUAUAGGCUAACACGAUACACCCGUAAGUGUUCAUAUGGUACUGAAUGCAGUAUUCUUGGAAGUCUAGCAUCAUUUAGAGAGAGGGUGAAAAAGGGAUGGAUGAUCAAGCUUGUUAUAACAUUGCCUGUUACUUAAAGUGAUUACAAUAACUGUGUAGACAAUGAAUGGACAUAUUUCUUGUCAUCAGUUUUUCAGACAGUUGGUGACAUGUCUUAAUUAACUUGGCGGCGUUUGGAGGAAUUGUGAAUGUGCAGAGAUGUAGAACACAAUGUAUCCAGGCGGUGUCCCAAAUGGCACCCUAUUCUCUAUAGUGCACUACUUUUUUGACCAGGGCUCUGGAAAGUAGUGCACUAUAUAACAAAUAGGGUGCCAUUUGGGCCACACACCUCAGUCUAGUGACAGAGCUGGAUCUUUUCAUCAAGCCGCACCAGACACACAGCACAAUGCAACAUUGAUGGCAGCCCGGCGGUGUCGAUUGAGCCUAAUACUGCCCUCCGGGUUGAAUCAAUACAUUUUUAUCACGUAAUUACACAUACAGACUCACGCUCAUAGGAUUCCUGUCGCAACUGAUAUGACAGUCUAAACCAACACAGACAGGAUUCCUGUCGCAACUGAUAUGACAGUCUAAACCAGUCUAAACCACAGACAGGAUUCCUGUCGCAACUGAUAUGACAGUCUAAACCACAGACAGGAUGACGGGCGCGAUUCCAGUACGUCAGCAGGUGGAUGGGGAUCGAUAAAGGAUUGGUGGUCCAUUUUCAUGUUUUGUUUACUAUUAUUAAGACAUAAUUUGUCAUGUCAGGCCAAGAACCGUUGUAAAUUGACUUGUUGGUAAAGAGAAAACGAAAGCCUACUGUUUUUGUGGCUAUCUAAGAAGUCGGCUCUUGAUUUUGCUGUUGUUUCUGUUUGAUGUUUACCAGUAUAAAUAAACCAAUGAGAAAUCU